AUGCCACUCUUCACACCCAAUACGUCUAUACCGGUCCUUAAUCAAUUUUCACUGAAAGGCAAAUUCGGCUUGGUCACAGGCGGAGCCGGGGGUAUUGGCGUAGAGAUUGUACGGGGCCUGGCCGAAGCUGGUGCAGAUGUUGCCUUCACUUACUUGACCAACACUGGAGCUGCGAACAUAGCCGAACGAAUCUCCCAAGAAACAGGUCAAAGAGUGAAAGCUUAUAAGGCGAAUGUCUGCGACCGCGAAGAUAUCACCAGUGUGGUCGAGACAGUCAAUCACGACUUCGGCCAUCUUGACGUAGUCGUGGCCAAUGCCGGAGUUUGCGCACAGAUUCCAAGCCUCGACUACACGGAAGAGACAUGGGCACGAGACUAUGCUGUCAAUGUUGAAGGCGUUAUGUGGACAGCCCAGGCGGCUGGUAAGAUCUUCCAGGCUCAGGGCCACGGCAAUCUUAUCAUCACCGCCAGCGUCAGCUCAGUUUUGGUCAAUUUCCCUCAACCACAGAGCGCCUAUAACUCGAGCAAAGCUGCUGCUGCGCACCUGGGAAAGAACCUUGCAGUGGAAUGGGUCGACUUUGCCCGAGUGAACUGUGUCAGUCCUGGCUAUGUCGCGACGAACAUGACUCUUAGCCAACCGGAGGCAAUCCGCGACAACUGGACUUUGCAAGUACCUGGGCGCCGCAUGGCGGAACCGGCUGAACUCAGAGGGUUGUAUGUGUUCCUGGCAAGUGACGCCAGUAGCUUCAUGACGGGCGCUAAUGUUAUUUGCGAUGGCGGAUAUAGUCUUAUUUAA